AUGCUCGUGCCCGUAAAAAGGCGCCGGCUGCAGUUGAAGCAAGCGCGGCAUAAGAGAAACUGGCACGAAGAGCAGAAGGACGGGGGGCCGCAUGCCAUGUACGGCUCGGGGAUGCACGAGCUUCCACCGAGCAUGCCCGAGCGGACCGCGCCGCAGGCGGCGGUGCCAGAGACGCCCGAGCCGGAGGCAGUGGCGGGGCCAGGGGCGAUGAGCCGCGCAUCUGGGGACGAAUCGGGUGAGUCGGAAGGGGAGUCCGACAGCGAAGAGGAGUUGGAAACGGUGUUGGGGAGAGAGGGUUUCGAAGUGCCGGCGCCAGGGUACGACACCUCGUCGGAGUCGGACGACGAGGAAGACCGUGUUGGUUUCGAGGAGAACGCGAUAGUCGAAGAUGCCUCCGAUGGGGAAAAGGAGGACACGUCGGAAAGUGAGGAAGAUGAUUCGGCGAAGCGCGUCGAAUUGCCGGCCAUCGUCGGCUUUCGGCAACGCCGGCCAAGUCGGAAGGCAUUGGAGUCCGCUUCAAUAAGCGAACUUCCGGUGGCAAAGAGGACAAAGCGGGAGGUUAGCCGAGACAUAUUCGACGUAACAUGGGCUGUGCAGAGAGGACGGUCGAAAAGAAAGCAGGCAUAG